UUUUUUCUUUCUUUAAAUUCAAUAUUUAUCCAAUUGUUUUUCAUAGUAUAUAUAUUUGUUGUAAAAGUGAAUAUCAAAAUAACAACAUUUAUCUAAUCAUUCACCCCCUAUUAGUAUAUGCACCCACACAUACACACACACACACCAACUCGCACGUAUUAUCCUAACUACCAUGCAAAAGCAAAGUAUCUACGCACCCGGAUACACCAACCAUUUAUCUAAAGGCAGCCGUUCGUCAUGGACACCCGAAGACGACUACACAUUCAUCAGUAUCUUGCGCAAUACACCGCGUGCAAUCCCGAAAGCGGACUAGUUCUCAACCACAAAUAUGUCGACAGCACUAUCAUCUCUCACGCACAAGCUGUGCUGACACAAAACAUGAAUUUAGACAUAGUGGAGGCGGAUUUGGCCAAAAGGUUUCCCAACAAGCGCAAAGAACACAGGUCUAAGGACUGCCUGUCACUGCUUUUGGAACUCAAAGCAAACCUUCCCGAGUUUACUUUCCACCAGCUUAACCAUAAACAUAUCAAUAUGUGGACUCGCAGUAUUGUGCCAUUUAGGCUGCUUUAUGAUUCCGGGAUUUUGUUCAAGGGCAAGUCCAUAUUUCAUAAGGACUGUAAGCGGUUUGUCAAAUGCAUCUUUACGUUUCUGAAUUACACCAGGACGCGUGGGUUGAUGGAACCGCUGACCAAGGUAUUUGCUCGGUUGCCCGGCCAGGGAAAUAAGCUGCUCGAGCAAUGGCUGUGCGUGAUGUUUGAGAUACACGAUAUAAAUUUGCCUGGUUCCUAUACGGAUGCGCAUGUAAGAUGGCCCAAUCCUUCAUUAACAGCAAACUGCCCCGGUUUAUUACUGAAAAGGAAAUCGAGCUCCUCAAUGAUGAAAACCCAAGUUGGAACUAUUGUCUCUGUAAUUAAUGAUUAUUUGAUGCAUAUUAAUGAGUUUGAGGGUUGUGCCGUGGGGACGAUUUCCAAAAAAGAACUCGUUGGUGCGUUAAACCACAAGCCGGGGCGGACCCCAACAAUGUGUUUUUUGGCGUUGCGGAAAACCCAUCUGUCAAUUAUAGCGAGUUGGCGGAUAUAAUGCUACCCAUCCUUCCAGCACACAAAACCCUGCCUGUCAAACAUGCACUAGAAAUCAAUUCAAUAUCAUCGCCAAGCAAAAUGGCGCAUCACCCAA